AUUAUAGCGUUAUUUCGUAAACGAAGAAUUCUUCGACAAUAAAACCAGAAAUAUAGCUUUCCUAUUAAUCGGAGGAGAAGAGGAAGCGUAUGAUAGCUGGAUGACGAAUGGUGCUUGGUACGUAUACGCCAAAGAAUUUAAACCGAUUUUAUUCCAAUUGGAGCACAGAUAUUACGGACAGAGUCAUCCUACUGGAGAUCUAAGUCUGAAAAACCUGGCUUAUUUGACGAGCCAACAGGCUCUAGCCGAUUUGGCCUUCUUUAUAGAAUCUAUGAACAAGCAGUAUGAACUGGCUCCAGAUGUAAAAUGGAUCGCAUUCGGCGGUUCAUAUCCAGGAAACCUAGCCGCCUGGUUGAGACAAAAAUAUCCUCAUCUAGUACACGGGGCCGUGUCAUCUAGUAGUCCUUUAAUGGCAAAAGUUGAUUACACAGGAUAUUUCGGGGUAGUCCAGGACGCCUUGAGGUCCAUCAGCGAAGAAUGCGUAGCGGCCGUGGGCAACGCCACAGCUCAAAUCGAAAAACUGAUGCUCAGCAAAGACGGGAAGAGGACCGUCGACAAGAAGUUCAAGCUGUGCGACAAGAUAGAGGAGAGCAGCGCCCUGGACGUGUCCAAUUUCUACUCGAACCUGGCCACCAUGUUCGGCAGCGUCGUCCAAUUCAACCACGACAACACCGGUUUCAACGAGGAGUACAAUCUCACCACCGAGCAAUUCUGCGGCAUCAUGACCAACAAGACUUUGGGAGCCGAAAUCGACAGAUUGGCGGCCAUCAACGAUAUAAUGAUGAACAUCUACGGAGAAACGUGCAACGAGUACACGUACGAGUCGUACGUUGGUCCGAUGAAAAACGUCAGUUGGGAAGCUGAAACAAGUCGACAGUGGACGUAUCAAUCGUGUACUGAAUUCGGUUUCUUCCAAACAUCCGAUUACAACAUAUUCGGUAACAAUUUCAGAAUUGAUCUUUAUGUAAACGUGUGCAAAGACUUGUUUGGAAAGCAAUAUACUGAGAAGUUCAUGAACGAUGCAAUCGAUAGGACAAACACAAUCUAUGGAGGUUUGGAUAUUAAAGUGUCUAAUGUGGUGUUCGUACACGGUUCUUUGGAUCCCUGGCACAAACUCGGUAUAACGCAAACCCGCGAUAAAGACGCGCCUGCCAUUUUAAUUAAAGGAGCAGCGCAUUGUGCUAACGUUUACAAUUCAAUGCGCAUAGAUUCUCCUGAAUUACGGGCGGCUAGAGUUGAAAUCAGAGAUUAUAUUGCGGUUUGGUUAAAUUUGUAA